CUCGCUUUCUUUUUUUUAAUUGCUUUCUUUCUGCAGGCGACAAAUACAAAUAUUAAUUUAUUUUUAAUUUUUUAAAAAAUUAACACCAAGCCGGAAAUGACCGGUCUAUAUAAUUUCCAUUUCCGGACUGGGGGUGGUUGGCAGAUCAUACGGACAACUCACCUGAACAGCAUGCCCAAACUGUGAAUCUGUCAUAUGGAGACUCAGGGGAUUGUCAAGGCAUUUCGGAAGGUGAAACGAGCAAAAGACAUCGUACCAGCAACAUCCGGAGUGACCCAGAAGAAAGUAAAAACAGAUGAAGUCAGUAAAGAAACCUGGUUGUGUGGAGUGGUGGUGCACAUUGUCCAGGCAGGGAUUGGAAAGGCUCGGACAGAAAUCUUUCACAAGCGGAUUAUACAGAGUGGUGGGGAGGUCAGCCUUGCUUUCUCUCCAGCCGUUACUCAUGUGGUCAUAGAUGAUGAGAUGGACCGUGAUCGUGCCUUUCGCCUCCUGGGUCUGGAGGUUCUGCCCCCCAGAGUCCAGUUGGUGCGAUCUGCAUGGCUCAGUUUAUGCAUCGCAGAGAGGAGACUUUUGAGCACAGUGGACUACAGCAUCUUCAUCCCAGACAGGUACCUGCCAUCUGCACACCAGAGCAAAAAUCAGGGGUCAGGGGAUGAGGAUCAGCAAGAGACUGCAGAGGUCAACAGUCGAUCAAGGACCCAGCUCAAGCUGAACUGCACAAAGAUGGAAGAGUCUUUUGCUGAGCAACAGGGAGAGGCCACAGCUGAAGAAGUCAAUGUAUCAGUACAAGUCCCUAUGGCCCAGUUUUGUGAAGAUGAAUGCGGGAGUGACGCUGAAGAUGACAUUGUAUCUGAGCAUGACCUGCGAGCCCUGAUCUCCGGGAGCAGCCAUUUGUCGAAUGGAUCUGACCGUGGGAAAGCAGCUGUUAGUGGCAAGUGGGUGUGUGCCCAAUCAUCCGAAAGCAAAAAGGAAAACCACAACAAACCCAUCACAGACAAGUUGGAGGUGCUGGAGGCUGCAUAUACACAUCAGGGUGACAAGUGGAGAGCGCUGGGAUAUGCCAAGGCCAUCAACUCCUUGAAGAGUUACCAGAAGCCGGUGUCCUCCUACGAGGAAGCAUGUAAGAUCCCUGGCAUUGGCAAACGAAUGGCUGAGAAAAUCAGAGAGAUACUGGAGAGUGGGCACCUGCGCAAGCUUGACUACGUCAGUGAGAGUGUCCCAGUGCUGGAAACCUUCUCAAACAUCUGGGGAGCUGGUGUGAAGACAGCCCAGAUGUGGUACCAGCAGGGUUUCAGAACUUUGGAUGAUAUUCAGAUGAAAGCUAAUCUGACUAAGCAGCAGAUCAUUGGCCUCAAACACUAUCAUGAUUUCCAAGACCGAAUGCCCCGGGAAGAGGCAGGGGAGAUUGAGAAAAUGGUUGGGGACAUGGCUCAGUCAAUCAAUCCAUCCCUGAUUGCUUUAGCUUGUGGCUCCUAUCGACGUGGGAGGUCCACCUGCGGUGAUGUAGACAUCCUCAUCACACAUCCAGAUGGAAAAUCGCACCAAGGUGUCUUCAGUAAGAUCCUUGCUGGUCUGAGGGACACAGGAUUUCUAACAGAUGACCUGGUCAGCCAGGAAGAGAGCGGGGACCAGAAGAAGUAUCUGGGAGUUUGCCGGCUUCCAGGUCCUGGGCACCGUCACCGGAGGCUCGACAUCAUUGUGGUACCAUACAGUGAGUUUGCCUGUGCCCUGAUGUACUUUACCGGAUCUGCACAUUUUAAUCGGUCCAUGCGGGCUUUGGCCAAGACGAAGGGCAUGAGCCUGUCAGAGCACUCGCUGAACUACCACGUCCUGAGGAAGGGCAGUGCCAAACUCACCACAGGAGUAAUCAUUUCCACCACAACUGAGCAAGACAUUUUUGAGCACCUGGGACUGCUGUACAGGAAGCCACAUGAGAGGGACUGGUGACACUGCUGCAGGUUGGCAGGGACCCAUUCCACUGUAUUUGUGCAUGUGUCACUCAGUUUGAUAUAGCACCAUACAGGCCAAGGACCCACUAGUUCACCUCCAAGUCCAGGCUGAGCUAUCUGCUUUGAGGGUUUUUAAUGUAUCUGUACAAUGAAAUAUCUUCGCCAUCUGUGAGCUUUACGAUCUGAGUGAUUGAGCCUUUAUCCACAGGGUUACAGAGUAAAACGUAGGGAAGGCUAAACCUGCAUGAAUCUGCUGUUUCCAAUUCUGGGCCACAAUUUUAAGAAAAACGUCAUGGCUUUGGAAAGGGUACAAGAGGAGAUUUAUUGCAGUGGUACCAGGAACUAGGGCUUUAUACAGUGAUUCUGAAAAAGCUGUCUUUCUUGUUGAAGAUUAUUUAUAAGAGAUUUAAUAGCAAUGUUCAAAACAUUAGGGAUUUGUGAUCCAAAAUUACAAAGUGAUCUUAAUCAGUUGGCCCCGUAGGCUGAGGUGAGGCAGAUGGAGUUUACUUCGGAUGAAUGUGAGGUAUUGCAUUGUGGUAAAACAGACAAGGGCAGGAUUUUUACAGUUAAUGACAGAGCCCUGAAUGGUGUUGUAGGACAGAGAGACCUAGGGGAUCAGGUACAUACUUAUUUGAAAUUUGUGUCCAUGUAGACAAGGUAGUUUAGCACUGUUGCCUUCAUUGUCUGGACCUUUGAGUUUAGGAUGUAGGAUGUCAUGUUGAGGUUGUACAGUACUUUGGUGAACCUCUUCUGGAGUACUAUGUACAGUUCUGGUUGCCCUGCUAGAGGAAGAAUAUUAUUAAAUUGGAGAGGGUUCAGAAAAGAUUUAUCAGGAUUUAUCGGGAAUGGAGGGUUUGAGGUACGAUGAUAUGAUGUGGAGGUGUUGGAUUGGGGUGGACAAAGUCAGAAAUCACACGACACCACGUUAUAGUCCAGCGAGUUUAUUGGAAAACACAAGAUUUUGGAGCCUUGCUGCUUCCUCAGGUGUUAGUGAAGUGGUAUCAGACAUAGAAUUUAUACAUAAGAGAUCAAAGGGUCACAACACUGGAUGAGGAUAUAUUAAACAAACCUAAGAUGCUGUUCAAUCUUUAAUCAUUUAGAAGGUUUUAAUUGAUUAAUUUGUAUAGGUAAAUCUCUGAAUUGCUUUCAAGUCGCUGUCCUGAAAGAACCAAACAUUUUAUCAGUGUAAAGAAGAGAUGACAUUUUAGGUCAGACAAUUCAUGUUAGGUGUGAGACCUUGUUUAGAAUCUGUUUGUGUUAUGGUUUGCAGUCAGACUGAGUUUAUUUCUAAAAUGGGAAUUUAUAAAACGCCACAUUGACUCACUGUCCAUGAAUUAUGUGCUUUUUGAACAAAAUAGAGUGUGUGUGCGUGGAGAGAGAGUGUCGCACACGCGCACGCGCGCACACACACACAGUCUGUCACUCUCAGACACACACUUUCCCACACACACUCUCUUCCACGCAUGCGCACACAUUCACACUCUCUCCGUCUCACACACGCUAUCUCAAUCACACUCUCUCCCAACCACACACUGUCGCUCUGUCUUCCCCAUCUUCUUGUCUCUCUCCACUCCCCCACACACGUAAAUCGAUUGGGUGUGUUCAUAUUUGCAUUCUGUUUUGUUCAAAAAGCACACAAUUUAUAGACAGUCAGUCAAAGUGGCAUUUUAUAAAUUCCUACUGUAGAAAUAAAACCAGUCUGGCUCCAAAUCAAAACACAAACAGAUUCUAAACAAAACUUCAAUUAAAACCUUCUAAGUGAUUAAAGAUUUAACAGCAUCUUGCAUCUGUUUAAUACAUCCUCAUCAGUGGUGUGACUCCUCGAUCUUUUACUUAUACUUUGUGUCUGAUACCACCUCACUAACACCUGAAGUUGGAGUGGGUCUCCAAAAGUUUGUGUUUCAAAUAAACCUGUUGGACUAUAAUCUGGUGUUGUGUGAUUUCUGACAUUAUAAAGAUGGGCUGGGAAUGUUUUAACUGGAGCGUAGAAGGUUGAGAGGUGACCUUGUGGAGGUUUACAAUAUCAUGAGGGGCAUAGAAAAGGUGAGUAGCAAAGGUCCUUUCCAUAGGGUGGGGGAGUUCAAAACUAGGGGGCAUAUUUUUAAAGUGAAAGGAGAAGGAUUUAAAAAGGACAUGAGGGGCAAUCUUUUUACACAGAGAACGGUUUGCAUGUGGAAUGAACAGCCGGAUAAAGUGGUGAAUGCAGGUCAGUUACAACAUUUGAAAGUUGGAUAAGUUCAUGAAUAGGAAAGGUUUGAAAGGAUAUGGGCCAAAUGCAGGCAGGUCAGACUAGUUUGGUUUGGGCACGUGGUCGAUUGGUUGGGACUGGUUGGACCGAAGCGUCCGUUUCUAUGACUCUAUGACAAUGAGAGCUCACUGUCCCAUGCGUACAUUCACUUAAUAUUUAGAAACAUAGGGGAUCUCAUCAACCCAACCUGUAUUCAGUUAUAUUGUGGCUAAUCUGUACCUUAAUUGCAUUUACCCCACCUAGGUUCCUUAACCAUGAACUUACUUACCCAACGAAAAUCUAUCAGUCUGAAUUUUAAAAGCUCCAAAUAAACCUUGAUUGUUGUGGGUGAGGGGAUGGAGUGGUCCUGAAUCAUUUCUUCACACAGAGACAAUUUAUCUCUAUCUGCUUUGUAAGUGCCUUUAAUCGUCUUAAAGACUUUAUAAUGUAUAUGAGCACUGAUCAGUACAUUUUAAGAAGUAGCAGUACUAAAUUAACCUCUCUCAUUGUUUCCUGUCCUCAUGGGCUGAGUGGGGAAGAGUUGUUAAUGCACCCAGAACAGUUCCUGCAUAGUGGAAGGUGAAACAAGAGAUUUGUUGCCACCUUGUGGACAACAGUAAAUAUUUACUGCUGAAGGUUUAAAGAGUAAUAAUUGCUUAGUGGAGGGGCUAAGAAGAUCUUAGAAGAAGAUCUAAGGAAGGGUCUGGCCCCGGAUGUAUGUUGGAUUUGGCUUAUUUUAACCAAGCUAGCUAGCAGUCAGACACGUCAGUUAUAAACAAGGUUAGAAAUCAAAUAAGCUUCAUCUAAUUGCAGUGUAGUGACCCCUGAUCGGAAGUAUGUGUGUGGACAUUAAUAGGAAGCAGUGUCAAAUUUAGCUGUGCUGCACUUUACUGAAGGAAGUGUACCAAUCACCUGAAUGAGCCUAUUUCAGUUGAUAUAAUUGUAUCAGGCAAAGAAAAAAAAUUACAAAAGAAAGAGAAACAUGUUUACUUUUAAAGGACAUACUUUUCAGAUUUUUAUUUAGUUCUUCCCAAGUCUGCAGAUGGACACAGAAGAGUUCUCUUUUAGCAAACAUAUUUAACAAGAUCAGGCUACAGGGUAACUCUGCUUGGGGCCUGUGUCAGAUUUUCAGGUGUCUGGACAACGGUGUGCUAUUAUCAGUUUCCUGAUAGAUCAUGGUUUGGAAUAAAUAAUAUUACAUCUUUGCAUUACUUAUUUGCCCUGCAAUACCGUCUUGUCAACUGAGCCAGUUUGAAUCUCCAUUCCUCCACUAUAUCAUUUAAACUGGGUAUGAAUGGCAUGUUUCCUUUCCAAGAGGACUUUAAUGAACUAAUGUUCUUAGGCAGGGUCACUGGACCCAAAAUGUUAACUCUGAUUUUUUCUGAGCUUUUCCAGCAAUUUGUUCUCGUGUCUUUAAUGAACUAGGUUGGUUUUAUGUCAGUUUACCAGCUUCAUGGUCACUUGAUUUUUGUUCUUAAAUUUAAUUCAGAUUCUCUGUGCUUUGAGCUGUAGUUCUCAAAUUGCAUCCAAUUAUGUAGCCACUUCACAACUGUGGCCGUAUGUGCCUUUUAAUCUUGAAGUGGAUGCUAUAAACAUGGUGGUGUCUGCUCCAUGGAGAGCAGAGUAAAUGGCUUUUUAUAAAAUUAAACAAAUCACUCAUUUUUAAAUGAGUUAGUGGAGUCAGGCUCACACAGACCCUGGGUUUUUGGUUUUUGCUUUCAGUUGUUGGAAGUUGGGGUUUUGGAGGUGAAGCUAUCUCUGCUGCCAUAAAAGGCUUGAAUUCUGCCCCUGCUGCUAGAUUCAUUCUGUUGGUGUUCCUUAUCCUGGACUGGAGGAGACAGCAAAAUAAAUCUCUUUUGCUGAAUUUGCUUUUGCCAAGGGUGUGUGUAUGGGAUGCUGCUAUAUUGGAACAGUUGAUGCAUAGUAAUUUUUAAAAAAUUGUUCUAAGUAUUUCAAUAGAGUUAAAGUAAUGCCAAUUCUAUUUUUUGUUUGUAUUUUAGUUGUGGUGUAAGAAUAAAG